CUCCUUGGAACAUUCUGCAUAAAAAAGUACAAUGGUACUAUUAGAACUGAUAAAUGGAGGAGCCUUGGCUACCGAGAAUUCAGAAUUCAGAAUUCAAGUUCUUUAACACAAGACCUUUUAUUUCUCCCAAAAAACAUAAAAAUAUAGAAUCGUAACUCGCUCGCGAUCCUAACAUAAUUAACAUAACUAAAAUCGCUUCGUUCCGCCGCGCCUUGCUCGUAUCUAUAUCUCCUUUUUUCCCCUCUCUGCUAUUCCCUCUCUUCUAUUUCGCUAACGGGCCUAUGUCUAAUAGUACAAUGUUUAAAAAACUAAUAUUUCGUGAGAUAUCUCAUAUUUUUCAUUCAUAAGUCUACCGUUCAACUUUUACAUGAAUAGCUUUUUCCUAUCUCUUACCAAAUUUAAGAUAUAACUCGUCCCAAUUGUGUGACGCUUGUAUUUUCAGAAACCUAUAGUAACUUUGUUUUUCCAAACUAAUAAAAAAUACAAAGGAGUGUUAGCCAAUAUUCUGAGUGAAUGCAAAUAAUUUAAAUAAAUAAAUAUCUCGCAUACAACUUAUGUAAACAUUUGCAGAAUUAUUGCAAAGAGGAGAUAUGUUCUUCUCUUGUUAUACCUCCUCUUUGAGCGAGGUUUGUUAUGGGGCGCUGUGGAAAAUCCAGGCUAGCGUCAGUCAAAACUUAGCGAAGAGGGACAAUUUCAGCAUUCCUAUUCCUUAGUGUUACUCUGCAAGGAAUGUACCGAUCGCGAUGAAACCUUUCACAUCUAAUAGAAGAUAUUUCCACGAUGAUCCCAGUUGCAAAAAUGAUUAUUGGUGAGAAGCAAAAGGAUAUAAUUAAGGAUAUCAUUUAACGUGUCAAAAUAAAACAUAAAAGAUUCCAUACCAGAGUACAAUAAUUAUACAAUAUUAUUCAUAUAGUUGAUUAUUGUUAUAAUUACAAUUUAUCUUCUUGGAACUUAUAAUGAACCACAAGAAAUAAAGGAUAAUAUCGAGAAAUAUAAACAAGAUUAGGCAGAAAUAUUGGCUUUAGUACUUUUGUGAUAUACCUGAUUAAAAUUUGCGUCAGCAAUUGGUUGCAAAUUCAUGGAGAAAGAAAAAAAUCAAUGACCUUGGUACCUAUAAACUAUUGUAUUAAUCUACAAGUUGAUAGAAAAGCCGAUCCUCCUAACGUUAAUUGGAAGUUACGAAAAAUUUGCUGAUAAUUGUGAUAUUAUCGGAUUGAAAUGAUGGUGAUUCUAAAUAAUGAAGACGAUAAUGAACAAUUUUUCAUAAUUUGUGGAAAAUUCUUAAAAUAAUUGAAACAGUGAAAGGUACGAAAAUGUCUGAAGGCAAAACAAAAUCAGUAUUGCCAAUGCCGCUGGUUACUUCUACACAAUGUUGUAAUAACUUAACCGAUACGCAGUGCCCAGGCCUCCAAGUGACAUCACGAAUGUUGCGAUCGCCAAGUCACGAGAGCGUCACAACAGAUCUCUCUCUUUUUAGCGUAUCCUCGAUAGCAAGUGAAUUACGAGGAGCAAAUAGACUCGUUACUUUCAAUUCUUACACUGAUGUACAUCUCGCUGGGCGUGGUCCAUCACCGAAACCAAAUUCUCGGCAAAUUCAAACUAACAGGCCUGCGAAUAUACCGGAAAUUCUUUGGUUCGAAGAAGAAAACGAAUUGAUUCGAAGCUGUGGUGUACUUUCCUCGGCACUCGGUCUGCGUAAAAGUUUUAGUACAAGCGAUGUAUCUCAACUACCGAGUCCUGAUGCAUCAGGCCCUAGCGGAUUGCGCGCCGCUAUGUCUGCGUUGGCUCUCGAUACUGCUCAAAGAAAUACUUUACUUUUGGAACAUACACGCCUUGAUCAUACCUCAAGAUCUUGUAGUACAUGGGUUGCUAUCGGUGAACCGGUAGCCAAUACAUCGCAGCUUCCUAGUCCUCACGGAGGAGCUGCACAAGAACAACAAAAUCAGCAACAAUCUUCAAAUUCACGAUCGGUUCCACAGCCCCCACCUGCGCCACCACCACCGGCACCUUUUACUGGAGCCGAUUUCGUGAGGUCCGUGAACAAAAAGGUUCGCCAAAAUUACAUACGUCGAAGAUUACUAACGACAUAUCGCGCUUUGGAGCGACUUUCACAAAGUGAAUUCAAUUUAGACCAAUUAGAAGUUGUAGCAAGUGCAGCACAAACAACUUCUGGAACUACUUUAUUGGUCCCCGGAGCAACAGCGGCUACUGGAUCCUCGAUACCGGGGCGAAAGGAACGAAAUCACGCUUUGACCAUUAAAGAUGUCGAAAGAGAACGAGGAAAUCAAUUAUCAAAAUACGAAAGAAAUAUGAUGAUUUUUAACUGGUUACAUACUCUUGAUGAUACUGCUGCUGUUGACAGCGUAGAAUAAAUAAUAUAAAAUAACACUUA